UGUUCGUUUCUCCGAUCGGAUCCACUUUCAAGAACAGCAGAACUGGGAAUCUCUCCUACGCCGCGAUGUCUCUCCGCCGCUCUAUCCUCGGUCUCCACCGACAAACCCACAACCUAUCUCUCUCAAAGGCGUUACCUUUCUCGAUGAGUAACAUCUCCUCCCCGUGCGCUGCAUCCGCCGCCGUGAGGAACCCAAUCGGAAGAGAAAUCUCCUCGAUCCCAUUUUCCCUACUAACCCAGAAACCUAACUCUGGGAAUCUCGCCGCCGCCGAUCGUUCGGUUUCUUCUCCUGGGAAAUCUGAUCUCGCCAAAUUCGCUCGUCUCCCAUCGUCUCGAGGUUACAGUAACGCAUCUCUCGUACGGAAGAUCCCUGUUCUGUUUCACAUUAACGCAGGGAUGGAAGAAGUUUUGGCGGAUUAUGUUCACCAGGAGAUGACUAGGAAUCUUAUGGUCAUCUCUCUGGGCUUGUUCCAGAUCAUCGUUAUCAAAGAUGUCAUCGUGUUUCUUUUCUUCUGAGCAAGGGAUAAAGUCCUUUCCUGUUUUUUUUCUCUCUCUCUCUCUUUAUGAAUAAGAACAACAUUGGUGCAAUGGCAUCUUAUAACCUUCCAAGUUUGUUCUGUUUUGUGUGAGGCUUAGGUGGAAUUCUAAGUGUGUUUGAAAGUCUGUUUUACUUUAAAUGUUUUCGAAUCAGGUGGAUAUUAAGAAUCUCUCUCUUUGGAUUGAAUAAAAGACGAGUUGUUUCA